UAUGUAUGCUUCAAAUAGCCUCAAGACUGGUCUGCAUUCACCAGUGCCCCAUUUCAAUGUUGACAUCGGGUAAGAUGUCCAAAUGAUGAAAUUUGACUCUGUCGGAGUGACCAGGGUCGGGCAAAGGUGCCGGGAAAGAAACCAUUGGAAAGCUUGACUGCAGAGAUAGCGCCGCAACUGGAAAGGGGAAGCAGCGGAGUGUUUCCAAGGAAGACAAUAUUGAUAUAACCUUACAGCUCAGUUAGGGGGAAUAUUUGUGCCUCCAAUUUGUUUUCACAACGUGUGUCAGUGAUGUGGAACCAACAAAUCUCUCUAUGGAAAGCGUCCGCCAACAAGAACGUCAAGAAGCUCCGGGCCAUCAGCAAAGUGUGUGGCCUGGCAAAAAGCUGGCAGCAGUGGAUAACGGAGAACGAGAGGAAGCAGGCCGCCGAGCCUUGCGGAUGGUCUCCAUGGCCCGGAGACUCAUCAGAGGAACCCCAAAAGUCUUGCGUCGCUACGAAAUUCAUUCCCAGCCAGAAGACGGAGGAUUCUCCGCAUCCCGUGGUUGCCCUUGAAACAGUAUCUGACGCUCUGAAUUUGCCUCAAGAUAGAACGAAGAUUAAAGAUGCAAACAACUCGGCGCUACCGAGGAUUUCAACGUCCAUCGAGAUGAAGCUGGUGAUGAAGAAUGUUCGCAGUGGGCCGCAAGACAGAAGAGCAGGAGUUAAACUACUGGCAAAGUGUCUUGAGAAAAGCGGAUCGGGUGAGGGCGCAGACAGGUUGCUAGAAACACAAAGCUCUCCCCCUUCACACAGAAAGCGUUCCAAUGUGCUCUUAUUGCUGACUCAAACUGGGAUACCGGUGGAAAAUGAGCAGAAGCCUGGAAAAGUUGGCCCGAUAGAGAAACAGAUUCUUGGUGCUGAUCCAAAGGAGGAUCGUGGACUUCCUCGAUUAGAAACGGAAACAGUAAACAUCGAUGACGACGCAUCCAGAAGUAAGUCAACGAAAAUCUGUGACGACGAGUCAUCGGUGAAAAUCGAAAAGCCUCAAAUCCUCACGUCCGGUAAGGAAGCUGCGGAUGCCAAUAAGAUCAACGCUCUCUCCAAGAAAUACAGCUCGGUUCGAAAUCUCAAGAGCCGCUGGCAAAACUGGGCCUCGGAACACACGGAUAACCAGAAAGUCAACCCCUUCAGUGAAUACUUUGACUACGAUUACUCCAUGUCACUCCGCCUCCAAAAAGGUCAAGACGGUUACGGGCGCCCCAAGGAGGGCACCAAAACAGCGGAGAGAGCUAAACGAGCCGAGAAACACAUCCACGGAGAGAUCGCCGAUAUGUGUUACAUCAUCAGAACGAUGGCCCAUCCGGAUCAAGACGGGAAGACGCGAGUGACGUUUGGAGAGCUGUUUGACAGAUACGUCCGUAUCUCUGAUAAGGUGGUGGGGAUUCUAAUGAGAGCCCGGAAACACGGGAAAGUCCACUUUGAGGGGGAAAUGCUGUGGCAAGGACAGGACGAUGGAGUGAUCAUCACUCUUCUGGUGUGAUCGCACACCGAUUCUGGAAUGUAUCACAAUCACGAAGCUGUCGUAAAAUUACAGAGCAGUCUCUCCGCCGGUCGAUUUGGAAAACGUUUCGUUGUGGUGCUAACUCGUGGCUUUUAAAAAUGCAGCCCCAAAAAACAU